CUUGAACAACAGCGUUCGACGUCAGUCCUGAGACUUCUUCUGCCAAAGGGACAAAGUAUAGAGAAAGAGCAGCAGCAGCAUGUCUGAUGUAGACGACGAGCUCGGAGAGGAAGAGGAGCAGGGGCCGUACAUUGGAGAGUACGAAGGUGAACGAAAUGAGAAGGACGAGCGACACGGAAUGGGCAAAACCAUCCUCCCUAACAAAGACCUGUACGAAGGUCACUACAUGAACGGCAAGAGAGACGGCUACGGGGUCUACAAGUUCAAGUCCAAGGAGGCCAAAGGCGCGCGAUACAUGGGCGAGUACUUCCAAGGGAAAAAACAGGGCUUUGGUCUGUUCAUCUACCCCGACGGCUCCCGCUACGAAGGCAACUGGGUGGACGACCUCAAGGACGGCACGGGCAAAUACACCUACAUCAACGGCGACACCUAUGAAGGCGACUGGAAGAAGGGACUGAGACACGGCAAAGGAACCUAUACGUACGCUCAGGACGGCUCCAAAUACACGGGAUCCUGGCGCAAGGGCAAAUGGGAAGGAUUCGGGGAGUACCAGUACGCAAACUUCAAAUACUGCGGCCGUUUCCGAGACAACAAG